CCACACGAAACAACAUACGUAGUCGGAAUUCUUACUUUACAUGCAAAAAACAAGGAAUGUCACUGCAAUCCGCCAGUUAAGUUAAAAAUAAGUUUUUAAAUUUUUAUUCUGGGAAAAAACAGUAAUGAUUUCUGUUGAUGUUACUUUGUUCGAGUUCAAAGAACAACAAACGUAUCAAUAGUGAGUGUUAUCAUAAUAUAAUAAACCUAGUUCAAAGAGUCGCGCGGCUAGAGGCGGCUGGAGGCGGCUGGCGACGGCUAGAGGCGACUGGAAGCGCACGAGGCGGCAACCUCGCCACGACCAGCAACCGUCGCUCGGCUGUUAGUUGACGCGCGGGGCUUGUCGCGACGACUCGCUCGCUACACGCGACAUGAGCACGCGGAAAAUAAGCCUCAGCGACCGGAACCUGCUGGCGCUGAUAUUCGAGGUCAAGAAGAGACCAUGUUUGUGGAACCACGAGGACGAAGGGUACAACGAGAGGUCGCGGCUCACGACCGCCUGGGCGGAGAUCGCCGCCAAAAUAAAACUGCCAGAGGACUUACUGAGAGUCAAGUGGAAGAACCUCCGGGACCUGUUCAAGCGGGAAGUAAAGAAAUGUAACGCGCACGCUGUGGACGAGUACACCGGCAAGUGGAGGUACUUCAAGACGCUGUGGUUCCUGAACAGACCGGGGGAGAGCAUCGCGGCCAGCGACGAGGAGGGGCUGGAGGUCCGGGUCAAGGAGGAGGUGCAGAGGAUCGGCGCGGCGGACACCACGGACGAGGCGUUCCUCGAGGAUGAGCACCGACACGACAAGAGGCUGUACGCGGAAGUGGAGCUGGCCCAGGAUCCGCUGGAACAGAAGAGGCCGCGACUCCUCGACGACUACGACACGAUGUUCCUUAUGUCGCUGACACCUUACUUCACACAGCUGGAACCGGUGAGGAAGCUGCUGCUCAGGAACAAGAUACAGGAGCUGAUCUUGUCAGAGAUAACAGCACAGUCCGAGUAUAACGUUCUGCCGCACUAGCAGCAGAGUUCAGACUUUGUAUAUCUGACGGUGACGUCACGCCGGAGGUCGCCGCGAGCUGAUUGCCGAAUCCUUAUCUUACGGUUUAUUAUUUUAAGCGGUCGUUAUUUCUAACGUUCAACAUCUUACGAACAUUCCCCAUGUUAACGAUCGGAUGCUGGUUUGUAUCACCUCCGCUCUCGGUGCUCACUGUGACCGACUUACAGCACAAUAUAUACAUGUGUUGUAAUGUGUCUUGCAACAUAGUAAUGUACGCUAUAUCAAUAUAAGUAAAGCUAUAGGUAUGUUAAGCGACAUUUUGCUGUAGGUAAUAAAAUGUCAAGCGCAGUCGGUGAAGGACGCUAAGAAGGUGUUGUGUUUCUAUAUGCUGUUACGAAUAGUUGCUCAGAAGAACCUGUUAGACUGAUGAACUUAAGGUUAGUUAAGAUCAUGAUACAUGAAAUAAUGUAAGAGAAGAUUUUUUAAGAUGAAUAAGUAGUUUUUAUUUUUUCUCCUCCCGAGCACCAACACCGUACCAUAAUCUCUGAGUAUCCUCUGUUGUUGUCACCUGAAAUCUUAAUAAAUCUUGUAUAAUAUUUUUUCCUGACUGUCACAUUGUUUUAACCUUUUACAUUAUAUAAUAUUACCACAUUUUUUGUAUAAAACUCUUUUAAUACUAGAACUACUAUAAAUAUUUAUUUUGUAAGAAACAAUAAAACAGAGUGUAUGUAAGGAAUUAUCUUUACCUCGAUAAGGAAUUCAAAAUGUUGGUAUAAUUAUAUAUUAAAUGUUCGCAUAGCUGAGUAUAUUAUGUGUGUCUAUCACAUACUAGUCUUUGUCCGCAACUUCGUCCGAAUCGUCUUAGUAUUUUAUUCAAAAAGAAAUGUGUAAUGCUUACUAUCUAUCUCUCUACAGACUGUUACGGGUUACUUGAACAUGUCAUUGAGAAUUAUAUUGUUUAAGUCAUUCCAAGGUUUCAGCUACACUAUUUCAUAGUGCAUUAAAAUCAUUUCAGUAAAUUAAUAACAGUAACACAACCCUACGGACUUUCGUAUUUAUAAUAUUGGAUGAGACGAGAUGAUGUCCCUGUAACAUUACUGUGACGUCAUAUCAACAGUUAGCUAACUUCAAGUGACUUUAGUAUGGAUGACGUCACUUACAUUUUCUAUAAUCAUAUACAGACGAUCCUAUAAUCAAUCGUUAGUACAUAGUUACGAAUCAUAUAAAUUGUAAUGUAUCACGGUUUCUAUCUUUCCCUGACACAUAUAACCCCUUCAUCCAGUCGGGACUCGGACUACUCAUCACAUCGUAACUCAAGACUCGGCCUACCCACUAAAUAGUUAAACUAAAUGCUAUCGAGUUACAAUCAGACCAUCUUUUGUUUUUAACCAUCGUUUUAAAUUUAAUCCAUCGUUAAAACAUUGUCUGUUAUGUAGUUAUGUAAUGUCCAAUACCUACUGUUUAUAAAUCCGUUAUAUUUUAUCUUUAUUGUGUUAUAUUAUAUCAGACAUUUGUCUGUGUGUCAUCAGUCAUAAUAGUUGUAAAAAUUAUAUUAUAGUACAAAAAUUAUUCUAGCAAUAUUAUAAAUACAGUAAUCAAGUGUAUUAGUAUUAUUAAGGGCCCUAAGAAACACUUGUAUUGAACAGUUAUCUAAGUGGUGAAAGUUAUUUACAUGCCAAUGGUAACCUUUUUAUUUUUGUAUGUCCUUGUCACAAUAUAUCGUAAAUUAUAAAUGUAAUUGUAUUGGUGUUAUUGAAUUUAUAUAAAUAGUUAUGAGAACAUAUUCGUCGGGUAUGAGAAUAUAUAAGGACCUUUUAGAUAUAAACAUCACAAGCUCCAAAAUGGACGCCGUAAUACAUUAUACAAAUAUAUUUAUAUAGUCUUUAUAGCACUUGUUUAAUACGUUAUUCGACUUGUGUUAUAAAUAAAAUAUAUUUAAAAAAAACCUAAUAAGAAACAUUCCGUAACGGUUAAAGUUACAUUUGAAAUAAAAAUAUGUAAACAAUAUAAUCAAUACGGCUUAUAGGCCGACAGGAAACAUGUGCCGUCGGCGCUGCGAAGUCUACAUUAUGCUUUACAAAUUUACACAUUAAUAACGUUUGUCAAACAUUUUCAAAGCACAGUAAUGUGUUUCUAUUGAAUAAAAUUUAUAAUAAUAAAUAGCUACAUUCCAUGCUCAUUAUGAUUACACCUCCGUAUAGUAAAGAGUCGAUUUUGUCUGUUACUAACUAGAAUGAGAUCCGCACACGGCACAACACAGUCGCUUCGGACAGCACUAAUCGCUAGUUCAAAAUCCAUCAAUCCAAUCUGAGGUCUGGAGGGAUCCACGUCACGAGUCACGUCCAAAACACUUUAUAUGAGGUUCGGCGCCGCGGCCCGCGUCGCACCACCCAAACAAAACAGGACCGCGGAGCGGCAACUUCGCAGCGCGGAGCGCUUCAGCCGAAGCGGCAACGUCGCACCGCCGACCGGUAGCCGGCUAGCGACUAGUGACGGGCGUCUAGCGAGCAGCGAGUACCGGUGAAAUGUGAAUCGAUCCCUCCCGCGGCCGACAUAGUGAAGCACUAAAAGCUUCAUUACCGUAAAUUAAACAGUUUUUUCUUAUUGUUAUUGUUUGAUAUUGUACACUGUACGGUUAAAUUGGAUACGGAUGCUAUUUCGUAUAUUGAUGUUUACGACGGAGUGACGAGAAACAUUUCUUUAGUCAGCUGACAUUUUUGUUUAUAUCUUACAUAUGUACAUAUAUUACCUAGUACCUACAUUUUUAUUUUUAUUUAUUGAGAUCGAUCUUUAUGAAAUGUGGACAUUUACGUGAUUAUAACAUUUGAACAAUAAGGGAUAUUGUAUAGAAAUGAGUUAAUAACGAAAUGUUUCAUUAACUUUUAGAAUUUAGAGGAAUGUUUUAUUAAUAUUAUAAUUCAAAAAGUAUAGAUUAUUGUUUAAUAUAUCUACAAGUCUGUUUAUUGUAUGGAAAAGUAUCGUGAGCGAAUGUUAAUAGUAUUUCGUUGAUGCCACUACAUUCCUUUUUUUUUUGUUAUAUUCUUGACUGUGAACACGAACAUACAGCAACAUUGUAUGUCUGUGCAACAUUAAUUACUAUGCACUAGAUUUCCUUUCAGAGGAUUUUUUCUGUUUAAAUUACAUAGUGAAUAUAUGUUUAUAAGUAUAUACGUAUGUUUUAAAAGUGCUUCAUAAAUAAUGAUAAUUGAUACAAUAUCAAUAUAUUAUACCUACACUUAAAGUCGCUGUAAUUGGUAAUUUUGUUUGAAUCGAUUGGGAAUAAAUGCCGUAGAUUAA